AUGAAGGCUCUGAUUAUUGAGCCGAUGCGCGACCUGCAGGAUACGCUGUCUUCAGGCAAGGAUCGCUUCAUCAUCGUCUUGGAUGGUCUUGACGAGUGCGGGAGUCAUGAGGCGCUCGAGCAUCUGAUGAAGCUGGUACUUGCCCUUCAGGAACUGCCACCGUCGUUUUCUGUGCUAGUUAGCUGUCGUCCUGAGCCAGGAGUCAUUUCAGCUUGGUCGGAAGCUCGAACUAAGGGUCUUGUUGUACCAUGUGAAGAUGUGGAUGAGAUAGCGUAUGAUGAAAAUUUCCGUAUAAUCUACGUUAUGGUCGAGGAAGGUCUUCGGGAUCUCAUUGAUGAAUCUCCAUGGAAACCAAUAGAGGGAGAACUUGGCGCCCUUGCGCGGGCUUGUCGCCAGUCGCCUGUUAUGGCAUCUAUCCGGGUUCGCGACGUUCGCCUGCAGACACGGCGUGGCCGCACCCUGCAGUUAGCAUUUCAGAACUUGGUCACUCUUGCUGAUGCGCCUGCCGACUUCAACUGGGAGUACUUGCGAAUACUUCGACAAGCCUAUAUGCUGGAUUCACUUGAUCCCGUGGAUGUAGCCAAGUAUCGCUCAGUGCUUUUUGGGAUUGCCGAGCCUGAAAUCCGUGCAAUGUUGGAACCGAUCAGCUCAAUAAUACAUCUUCCCUCACAAAACACGGAGCGUGUCAACUUCUAUCAUGCAACGGCAAAAGAGUUCAUAACGGGGGACCCAAUUGGCGAGGAGAGGGACGAAGUAUUCUUCAUCAAUGAUGUGGAAGGAUACUCCCUUGGAUUGCCGCUCCUUCGACUUUUCAACAGCCAUUGUGAGAGGAACGCGUUUGGGGUACCCACCGAACUUCCUUUAGGAGAUAGACGAAAAUGGGAAGGAUUUAUGACCACUUUGGAACUUUUUUCUGAAGAGUCCAAUGAAUUACGGAGCGAGUUUGAUUCCUUCAUUACGCAAAACUUGUUGACAUUAGCGCAGUUGCAAACGCGUUUUAUCUUCCAAAUUCUUGAAGAACUUCGUGAAUUCGAUCAUCACAAUUCAAUCCAAGCUUUGAGAGAUUUGGAACCGGCGGCAAACUAUAUUGCCAAGCAUGGGCCAUCGUAUCUCUAUCGAUCGUUCCUCCCUUUUGCCCCACUUUCAUCAUCCAUUUACAAAUUAUACGGUUCUCUCUCAGACCCUAUCCGGAUCUUCUCCAUUUUUGGCGAGUUCUCCGGCGACACCAUCCCGUUAAGCAAGGAUUUGCUCAGCGCCCAAGAGGUUAUGCAAGCAAAGCUGAGCGAACUACGUUUGCUUGAAGAGAUCAACGAACCGGGAAUUGAGGUGGUCAAUUACGAAGCUGAAUUCCGCGAACCUGAUAUUCGUAAUGCCAUUGUGACGUGCGCCGCACUCUCCCCCAAUGGUCACUAUGUUGCGCUUGGGUUUGGCAAUGGUAUUAUCGAAGUUGCCGAUAUUGACCAUCAAUGCACGGUCUGCCGAUUGCAGCACGAUCCAGCCAAUCCCCCGAUCUGGAUUGAUCCUCGGCUAUGGCAUGGCCCCCGUGAAACUCUCCCCACUGGUCCCUGUUCUGCUGGAACUGCAGUAUCCGAUAAUGGAUUCGUUGUCGUACGAAUCCCACAAAAUUUCGACAACCCGUGGUACGACAAUAUGAUGCUCAUAUCUGUCUUUGAGGAUCCAUCCAUUCAGCUCCUCGCCUCGCCUCCCUCCCCCUCCUCCCUGUCUUUUCCAUUGAUUCAUGUCGGGUUGCACACUCCUCACCGUCGAACACUUGGGUUCUCACCAGGAGCACGAUAUAUUGGUGCUUUUGAUGGGAUCCGAGCUUUCACCUGGUCAACGAAGUGGCGUGAAUUCAUUGCAUCUUAUUGCGUGACGCAGUUCGAUUCUUGGAUUAUUAGGCCCAGUAUCAUCCCUCCGAGUGGCUCAUAUCUCGUGCCUCCAGUAGAAAGCAAGACAGCUUAUACACUUCAUUCCAAGGCAAAUCUAGGGCCUGAUUCAGAAGAUGAGUCCUGGAUCAAGUGUCCAUUUUACGGCCUCUCGCCAAGCAUCUCAAGAAGAGGAACCCUGCCCUCCAGUGUCCAUUCAUUCGUCACAGGAAGAACCCCAUUAAUCGAGUCCUCAUCAAUGUGGAUUAACGGCAGUGUAGAACUCGUGGUUCCAGUGGACUUUGAACCCCAUGAAACCUGUGCCUGGUAUGGUGAUCGAAUACCACCUGAUGUUAUGGGGCUCUACCGCCCUCAGUCCAGCAGAGAUGGAACUCGAUUUCUACUCCAGGGUCAGCGAAGAGCCCCAAUUGUUGUUGAUAUCAGCCAAAUUCGUUUGCCUUCGCCAGUGGAUUCGAGUGGGAUGCGAGAUUCUAACGUACUUCACUCAUGGAGUUCCGGAAGGUAG